CCUUCCUCGAUCCGCCUUCAUCAUUCGCCGACAUCUAUCUUCUUCUUCGAGACUGGCACUUCUACCACACUGCCUUCUUCCUCGAGCCCUAGCCCAUUCGCCGUUGAUGGAGGGUGGAUGGGUCUUCUCUUGAGCGAAAUCCACCUUCGCCUUUGUCUUUCUCGCUUCUCCUCCUCGCUUGCCGAAGCAGAAUUCUUUGAUGGCGCCCUCACCCCCGGCCCGUGCCCUUCAGAUCCGAUCCAGGGAAAGGAAGGCCGGAGUGGAGGAGGAGGAGGACGACGAGAACUACAGCAACCGAAACGGGUGCGUCGUCUUCCUUUGCCCCUGUCUCGUCAUCCUCAUUAUCUGCCUCAUUGUGGUUUCCAUCGUUCUCGCCGUCAAGUUUCGCCUUUUCUGCCGUGGCCCCUUCCGCCCCACUCUCGCCCGCCUUAUCCCCAGGGACAAGUGCCACCCUUCUGCCUGAACGCUGCAUCUCGAUUCGUCUGCACCUCGUCUUCCGCCUCUGAUUCGGAUGCUGAGCCUAACUGCGAGAGCCCAUCCGACGUGAAGGAGGUAGAACGCGUUUGCAAGGUGAUUGAAGACCUCUUUCUUUCUGAUCGGAACAUGGAGGCUGUGCUUGAACGCUUCCGACAUGCCCCUAAGCCAGCACACCGGUUCUUCAGUUGGGCUGGUGGCCGCUUGGAUUUCUCCCAUAACUCUGAAACCGACACGAAGAUGCUCAGCAUUCUCAGUAAGACGAGGCAGUUUGAGACGAUGGUGGCGUUGCUUGAAGAAAUGGGCAGGGAGGGAUUCUUAAAUAUGGACGCUUUCAAGAUUGCGAUCAUUGGAUUUUCAGCCGCUCGUCAGAUGAAGAAAUCAAUGGCUAUUUUUCAGAUGAUGGAAAGAUUCAACUUUAAGGCUGGAUUAGAAACAUUCAACUGCUUGAUUGAAGCUUUGGCGAAAGUAAAACUUGGGACGGAAGCUCAAGCACUCUUCGAGAAGAUGAAAGAUCAGUACCCACCUGACCUCAUGGAGGCUGGUAGGGUCUGGAAUGAGAUGCUGGGUAUGGGAUUCAAGCCAGAUGUUGUUGUAUAUAAUACAAUGAUUAAUGGCUUGAUUCGGGCACAUAGGAGAUCAGAUGCAAUCAAGCUUCUUGAGCUAAUGAAAGAUAAGGGUCCACUUCCAAAUGCUAAGACAUUUACAAUCAUAAUACAGGACCUCUGUAAGGCUGGGCAGAUGGAUCUGGCAGUCAAUUGUUUCCAAGAAAUGCUGGAUGCAGGAAGCGCUCUGGAUGUUGCAACCUAUACUUGCUUGAUUGUGGGGUUUGGAAAUGCCCAGCAAAUGGAUAAAGUUUCAGGGCUGUUGAGUGAGAUGACUGAGAAAGGAUGCCCACCAGAUGGUCGGACAUACAAUGCCUUGAUUAAACUCAUGACAAACAGAAACACGCCAGAUGAUGCUGUUCGAAUCUACAAUACAAUGAUUAAGAAAGGCUUUGAGCCCACAAUUCACACAUAUAAUAUGCUCAUGAAAUCUUAUUUCCAUGAAAAUAAUUAUCAGAUGGGCUGCGCUGUGUGGGAAGAGAUGGGACUAAAGGGUAUUUGCCCAGAUGUCAAUUCUUAUACUGUCUUUAUUGGGGGCCAUAUACGGCACGGAAGGCCAGAGAAGGCACACAAAUACCUGGAAGAGAUGAUAAGCAAAGGAAUGCAAGCCCCUCAGAUAAACUACAAUAAGUUUGCUGCUGACUUUUCUAGUUCAGGGACGUCUGAUAUACUAUACGAGUUGGCACAGAAGAUGAAUUUCUCUGGGAAGCUUCAAGUUUCCAACAUUUUCCAUGGUUGGGCAGAGAGAGCGAAGAAUAGAGUGAAAAGGCGAGUAGCCAAUCAGACUGGAAGGUGUAUUUUCUAAGACUAGGUAAUCAAGACAAUCAUACUAAAACUAAGAGAAACCUUAUCUGAGGUUACUUGGAAGAUAUGGACAUAAUAUAGUUGAGUUUCUUCUUCUGGUAUGUGAUUUUUAGGUGCUUCUUGACUAUGCGCUGGCACAUGAUUGGGAAAUUACGGGAUAGUUGAUUUCUGUGUAUUACUUUAGUAUUCAUAUUUCUUCUGUCUUCUCUUUCUUCUUUCCGUUUAUCUUUGUAAAUUAUGUGUUAUUAAAACUGUUUAGAGUUAUGUAUGCAUACUCUUGCAUUACAUAUUGACAGUCUCAGUUGCUUCUCAAGCAUGCAUGUUUUGAUUA